AUGGCGCCGCUCCUCCUCCUCCUCCUCCUCGUUGGGGGAUCCUCUGCCUUCGUUGUUACCCCCUCCUCCUCCUCCCUCUCCUCUUCCUCCCUCUUCAUCUCUCCGUCUCCCUCCCUUGUGUCCUCCAGGCUGACCCCAUGGCGGACGACGACCCGAAGCUCAUCCGGCCUCGGAUCCCUUGCUUGCUCGGGGAGGGACGAGAGAGUUCCGGGAUGGGUGCAUGAGGCAGCUCCUGCGAGGAGAGGCUGGGGAUCGUCUGUGCUACUACUCUCAGGGAGAGUCAGGGCGAGAUUCUCCCGCACAAGCAUGCAGAGCAGUGGCAGCGGGGACAGGAAGUUUGCCGUGGGCGAUGCUGUUGAGGCGCAGUGGAUAGGAGACGAUUCGUGGUACGCCGGGACGAUCGAGGGGCUAUGGUCGGAGGGGCGGUACGACGUGAAGUGGGCAGACCCGCAGGGAAUGGCAGAUUGCCAGGCGACGAGCGAGGAGAACAUCCGAUCGUUCCCCGUGAAGAGCUACUACAUGUUCGGGCUGAACUCGCUGGAGCAGGGAGACUACGAGAGUGCAUACUUGGCCUUCAGGUGUAUCUACAUUUGUAUGGGGAAGUUCGCGGAUACGGAGAGGUACCUGGACGAAUUGCUCGCUAUUCCUUCCAUCCAAGAGCUUGCUCAGUCCCGGAACGAUGCGAACUUGAUGAAGGAGAGGGAGAGCAGGAAGAAGGCAGGGCAGGCAGGGAGUGUGGAGGAGGAGGAGAAGGCGCCGAUGUACUCAGAGGAUGAGCUGGAAGGGUUGAGGCAGGAGGCGAAGCAAAAUGCUGUGUUGCAGAACAUGUGGGGUCAGUACAACACGUUUGUGAACUACCAAGUUGGAAGUUGGCACGGAAGGUGGAAGGAGUACGACGUGAAGGGGUCUCAGGUGCAAGAAGGACGUGAAGUGAGGAGGAGUGAAGUUUUGACGGCCUCCAACGAGGGUCCUGCUCCCUCCUUCAGCCGCGAGAUUGUUGGUGUCAACGAGCAGGGAGGGACGGGGGAGUCGACCAGGAGCGCUGGCUCGUUCUAUCCCUCCUCCCUCGCCUCCUGGUUCGUCGGCAACGCCUUCACCUUCUCGAGAACGAGCGAGCAGGGAGGAAACGAUCUGCUGGACCUUCAGGUGGGGCUGCGGCAUGAGGACAUGAAAGCUUCUUGCAUCUUCUCCUACCAGAGGAGGAAGGAGGAGGAGGGGACUUGGGAGCUGGUGCGCAUGUCGGUGGGGAGGGAGAAACUUGGGUCGAUGCCCAAAGGAGACGAGUACGUUCUGUUCAGGGAGGAGAAGGGGAGGAUGGAGGACGGGGCUGAGCUCAGCGGUCCUGCGGACAGGUUGAGCACGAACUACACCCCGAUGCCGGGGAAGGAAGGCGUGAUGACGGUGGAGGCGGAGGGAGGGAUCGCAGUACAAGGACCAGCUGUGCUGUCGGAGAAGGAUGGAGAGAGGAGGGAGGUUGUGAUCUCGUGGUCGACACCCUCGACGGAGGGAAUCGCAUGGGACGGGAAGGAUAGGAUCAUCCCAGCUCUCAAGUAUCGCUGUGCUCGGGUGUUCAAGGGGGCGUCGGAUGAGCUGGAGCUGCUGUCAGUGACGGAGACAAGGGGUUGA